ACUGGGAGCGUAUGACCUGUCCCUGGCCUUGACGUACAGCGCGGUGCUGCUACUUUUCCUGAGUUGCAAGUGUCUGCAAGCUUUACCAAGCUAACGUGACCUGGUUCCGUGGGUUCUGUCGGACCGAGAACCGCAGCAGCGGAUCUGAGCUACAAUGCUGUCAUGUAGGAGCGUGUGGAAAAAUGUAACACCUUUAGUCAGAGCGUCAUCAACUCUGUGCCGACAAAAUGUGAGAAGAGCAUUAAACAAUGGCAGACCAAUACGUGUACCAACAGCACACAUGUCCAUGGGACCUGCAGGUGUUGGAAAGGAAAAACAAGUGUACACCCUUCUGGUUGGGACCUGUAUAGUUAGUGGAAUUCUUGCGUAUCGGACUGUCAAGAAUGACCAACGGAGACAUGAGGAACGAAUGGCCAGAACCUAUACAUCAAAGCCUUCUGAAGAUAAAGCAGGACUCUCACAAACGUCGACAAUCUCUCCGGCUCCAGAAGAAACAUCUGCACCAGAAGUACCAGAGACUCCUUCUACACCUGUGGCAGUGGAAGCUUCACUGUCUGAGGAACCCCAAGACCAGCUAACACAACCAUCUCCAGCACCUGCAGUGGAGAGUGGAGCUGAAGCCCCUGCAGCAGAGCUAGCGCAGCCUCAGCUGGAGUCUACAGGAGAGAGUGCAACAGACCCUACAACUGCCAAACAGCUCUCCCAUGCCCCCUACCUCCUGAUUGGUGGAGGUACAGCCUCUUUUGCUGCUGCUCGUUCAAUUCGAGCCAGAGACCCCAAUGCCAGGGUGUUAAUAGUGACGGAUGAACCUGACCUUCCAUACAUGAGACCACCCCUGUCGAAGGAGCUGUGGUUCUCAGAUGAGCCCAGUGUAACAGAAACACUCCGUUUCAAACAGUGGAAUGGAAAAGAAAGAAGUAUUUACUUCCAGCCCCCGUCCUUCUACAUCGAUGCAGAAGAACUCAGUAGUGCAGAAAAUGGCGGUGUAGCUGUUCUAACUGGCAAAAAGGUGAUUCAGAUGGAUGUGAGAGGAAACAAAGUGAAACUGGACGACGGCACAGAGAUUUCAUACAACAAGUGUUUGAUUGCGACUGGUGGCGUGCCGAGAACUCUACAGGUUAUCGAAAGAGCAGGAGAGGAGGUGAUGAAGAGGACCACUUUGUUCCGCAAGAUUAAUGACUUCAAAUCCUUGGAGAAAGUUUCUAGAAAUGCAAAGUCCAUCACCAUCAUUGGAGGCGGUUUCCUUGGCAGCGAGUUGGCCUGUGCCCUCAGCAUGAAAUCAAACGAGUCUGAUCUGGAGGUGAUACAGAUGUUCCCUGAAAAGGGCAACAUGGGAAAAGUACUGCCUGAAUAUCUGAGCAACUGGACAACAGAGAAAGUCAAAAAUGAGGGUGUGAAAGUCAUAACAGAGGCUUUGGUGAAGUCUGUGACCUACAAAGAGGACGCAUUAGAAAUUCAACUGAAGGAUGGUCGAAUGGUGAGAACAGAUCACAUCGUGGCAGCAGUUGGCCUGGAGCCCAAUGUUGACCUUGCUAAGUCAGCUGGUCUGGAGGUGGACUCUGAUUUUGGUGGUUUUCGGGUCAACGCAGAGUUACAGGCCAGGUCUAAUAUCUGGGUGGCAGGAGAUGCUGCCUGUUUCUAUGACAUCAGACUCGGCCGCAGGCGGGUGGAGCACCACGAUCAUGCUGUUGUAAGUGGAAGACUUGCCGGAGAGAACAUGACAGGAGCCAACAAACCCUACUGGCACCAGUCUAUGUUCUGGAGUGACCUGGGUCCUGAUGUAGGAUAUGAAGCCAUUGGCAUCGUUGACAGCAGCUUACCAACAGUAGGAGUGUUUGCCAAAGCCUCGGCCAAGGACACACCUAAAGCUGCUACAGAGCAGUCAGGAACCGGCAUACGCUCUGAAAGUGAAACGGAAGACACAGCCGUUAACCCUGUGGCGUCUCCAGCACCUGCGUCCACUGUGGAGCAUAACAAGGACAAUUUUGGAAAAGGAGUCAUUUUCUAUCUGCGUGACAAGGUGGUAGUGGGAAUAAUACUGUGGAAUGUCUUUAACCGGAUGCCCAUUGCACGAAAGAUUAUCAAGGAUGGAGAGGAGCACACCGAUCUAAACGAAGUAGCCAAGCUCUUCAAUAUCCAUGAGGAUUAAAGUGGUAUUUCCAGACAUUAAUUGUGAGGAGGUGGUUAUUCAGAGUAAACACACUCUUCAGGGACUACUGACCUGGCAACCACAAGAGGAUGUUGAACACCCUGUCAGUAAUUGGACAUACUGUCUGUGAUUGUUCUUCUUGCUUCCAUCCAUAUUGUGUUUUUGGGUUUGCAUUCGUCACCAGGGGAAACAAAAAAAAAAGAAAGAAAUCAUGAGCAAAUUGUUUUUCCACUGCUUCAUCACAAAAGCUUGACUCUAGAAAAUUCUGAAAUAAAGGCUAUUUUUAAACAA